CGCGAGAGAGAGAGAGAGAGCGAGUCUCCAUCCACCAACCAACCAUCGAUCGAGUGCAGACAGCGUAGCCCCCCCACCUCUCCCCUAACUCAAGCCUCUGCUCUUAUGUAUGUAUGAUGCACCUGUAUUGCCCCCUCUUUACCUCUAACCCCUCAUCUUUCUCACUCUUCCGCAAUCAUCUCUCUCUCUCUCUCUCUCUCUCUUGUUGGCUUGGCCUGUCUGUCAGCUUGCGGUAUAAGAGUGCACUGCCUCAGUCUCUUGCCCGCAUUUUGUUUCCUCCCUUCGACUUCAUCGCUGCUGCUGUUAGUGUUCCUCAAGUUCAAUGCCCCUCCCUUCCAACUAAUUGAUGCAUUUUUGGGUAAGGAUAGGAAAGCAGUAAAGCUCAAGCUCGACCGUUGUGCCAACGUGAAGAUCAAGAUGCAAGAGAUUGAAUCGGAGCUGAGCCUCGAUUUGUUUGACCACAUCGACGAUUUGCUUGACUUCCCCAACGAAGAUAUGGACGGCAAGGUUGGAGACGGCAUGGACAUCAAUUGGCCAAGCGACGACCUGUUCGGCGUUACUAGCGGCACCUUCACUGCCCACGUCGAAGGCGGCUUCGACCACCAUGCUGGGGACUUCCCCCUUCCACAGUGCGAAGACAUGGCGGAGCUGGAAUGGUUGUCCAAUUUUGUGGAGGACUCGUUCUCGGGGGGGAGCGCUACUGCUGCUGCUGCUGCUGCUGCCGCUACAGCUGCGGUGGAGGAUCACAAUAGCAGCAGCCACAUCGUCGGCGACGCCACCCAAUUCCGGACCUCCAGUCCUGUCUCCGUCCUGGAAAGCAGCUCCUGCUCCGGCAAGGCUCUCAGCUUCGGCAGCAACGACGCCUUACCCUCUGUUCCCGCUAAAGCCAGAAGCAAACGCCCCCGCCCACCUGCCUUCUCUCCCCGGCUCCCCACGACCACCGCCAACAAUAGCGACGACGACGACUGCAGCAACAACAAUCUCAUCUCCCCCUCUUCAUCGGCCAGCAAUCCUUCCAGUAGUGACCUUUCCUCCCAGUUCCAGUUCGAGGCCGAGUCCUUCGCGGAGUCGAAGCCACCAUCCAGGAAGGUGCCCAAGAGCGUCGGCGGCCAGAGGAACAGAAAAGCAAUGCUGGAGCAGGGGAAUGUGGCGGUGAGGAAGUGCCUUCACUGCGGGAUACAGAAAACACCACAAUGGAGGAUGGGGCCGAUGGGUCCAAAGACACUCUGCAAUGCCUGCGGCGUCCGCUAUAAAUCCGGCAGGCUCUUCCCUGAGUAUCGGCCAGCUGCGAGCCCCACGUUCGUAGCGUCGAAGCACUCGAACUCGCACAAGAAGGUUAUGGAGAUGAGGACAAAGAAGAGUGCGACCGCUGAUGAGAGGCUGGUGGAGAAGCAGCAGCACGAGCUUCUGUUUCUGAGGGACACGAUGGUCGGCUACAUGUGAAAGCACUGGAGGAGGAUGCCAGCAGCAGCAGUUAGAGGCGCUUAGCAUUUAGUAGAAAUUUAUAAAAUUUUUUUCUUCUCCCUCUCCUUUUGCCGCUCCUUCUUCCUUCUGUUCUGCAGGGGGACUGCAUCUUUUCCUUUUCAUCGGGUUUUGUACAGUAGGGAAAGAGAGAAGGGGGCGAGGGGGAGGGAGGACGGUAGCUUGUAGGUAAAGGGAAAAGAAGAAUCGAAUGCAACGGAACGACAAGAAGAUGGUGUCAAGCAAGGAGGAGCAAUAGAAUUAGAACUUCGGGUGAUCAGAACAUUGAAAGAGGAAAAGUUGGCUGUAGUACGUAGGUAGGUAUGUAUGUCUCAUGUAUUCUUUUGGCAUUUGGUUUGAGAGUAGUGUCCGUUGAGACUUUAGCAGUGUGGCGGCAGAUGCCAAUGUUCUUAUUCAGUUAUUCUGUAUUCUUUGAUUUUUUUUUUCCCCCCUUCUUUCAACAUAUUUCUCAUCACAUGUGUGUGCACAUAUGUCCUCCUUUCCAGCAUUUUGUUCUUUAUAACAUAUCCCACUAAUGUGAUCAAUGGGCCACUAAAUUCUUGUC